CCUAGCCUAAGCCUAACAAAACAGGCCCUAUGACUAUGAAAAACUUGUCAAAGCUUUUACAUUGUUGGGUAUGCAAGAUAAUUGCAAUGAAACCUCAUGUGAAAAUGGGUUGGCCGUUGAAUUUCUUAAAAUAAAACCUUCAAAGAAAUGAAACAGUCCAUAUGACCAAAUAUGGUAAUUGGAUGUCCCCGAAACGCGACCAACAACACCGUACGGUGAACUUCUUUUGAGAGGACCAUGUACUUACACAAAAUUUGCAUAUUGACCUUUUAUUCAAAUAUUAAUCGGAUAUUCAUGAGCCAUUCUUGCAUAUGCCGUGUGAACAAAUUGUAUAAUGAGGUUCAAUGGGUCACGACACGGCGCGGAAGAUAGUGUUGUGAUUUGCUUGAACAAAGACCCAUAAACAUUGCGCGUGUUUUGGUUAAAACAUGCAAGUCGAACUUCAAGGAUAUUACUAACACAAAAGAUUCACAGUUUGUUACAAUUUUCUCACAAAAUGAUCUUGAAUAACUGUAGUUUCAGAUACCGAGUGAACAAAUUGUGCGGAGUACUUCAAAUGAGCAUUUUACAGUGAUUUAAAAAUGACAAAGCAUUCUCGGCAUCGAAUUCUACACGCCUAUCUCUGUUCCAUCGUUGGCGGCGCCCUAAGUGAGACAAUCAGCUCCAUAUGAAGUUAUUCUAGAACAGAUAUUCCCAACAUUAACAGGAAACUCACGAUUAACGUUCAGUUUCAGUAUUGACAGACGUGUGUUACCUGAACCAGUCCCUGUACAAUAGGAUACAACAAAUCGUGCACCAAGUUAUACUGGUAGGACGGUUGAAAGUCACCGAUUCCAUACAGUAGCGAUGGCGAGAUGGGUGGAACGCGCCGGCAGCACGGGUAGAUAUUGCGGCUUCUCAUUGUGGAUUUUCCGUGCAUGUAGUCGGAUAUCGCGGAGUCGUAUCUGCAGACUUGCUUUUCUUAUAUCUGUGGUUGCGUUCGGUGCUACCAUUUUGUUUUUUCUGGGCGGUUUUCACGCAACUGAGACCAGGCAGGAACAUGUCUACAGUCAGGAGUUGAGACUAGCUACCGGUAGACCUACUCAACCCAGGGUGAAUACUGCCUCUUCUCAUCGUAACACAUCGAGGACUUCGAGACCUUUUGUUGAGAAAUACCGCCUUAAUUACAGCAACAACGCUACAGAGUUUUUCCGUCGCCUCAAAGGAAUAAUAGAACAAGGCCGGGCCUGGAAACCAAGUGCGAAGAAAAAACGUGAAUUCAGUGUCGAACUUCGGCGGGAGUUGGGAGAUGCAGGUAACAUUGGUGUUUUCUCGCUGACUAAGAAUAACGCCCAGGUGGGAACAACGAUGCGCUUUUCCAUUGUUGGAGCUAAUCGUAACAUUUCUCAAACCCUCUGGAAUUACUUGCCAGAGGAUGCGAACUUUAAAUCAGGCCAGUUUCAGAGCUGCAGCGUGGUAGGAUCAAGCGGCAUCCUGAGAGGAUCCGGGUGUGGGAAGGAGAUCGACCGAUCGCAGUAUGUUGUGAGGUUCAACGUCGCCCCGGUGGAGGGAUUUGAGGCAGACGUUGGAAGCAAGACAAAUUUUACCACCUUGAAUCCUAGCUAUGUAAAAUACAGGUUGAAUGGGUUAAAGACACAAGCCGACCGUUCGCAAUUCGGCGCCAUUCUCAAACAGUUCAUCGGCAGCAAACUGUGGCUACCAGCGUUUGGUGUCUCGGGAUACUUUCGUGUCAUGCAGUUAACCGCUGCUGCUGCCUUCGAUUCCAAGAUGGUCCAGCCGCUAAUUGGGCAUCCCGAACACCACCACUCCGUCACCAAUCUUUGGCGAAAGAUGGCAAUGAGGAAACGUGCGUUGCCAUCAACGGGUAUGUACUUCAUCUUAUCCCUCUUCGAUGUCUGUGAUCAAAUCAAUGUCUUCGGUUUCUGGCCGUACGAGACAGCAAUCAACGGAAGCGAAGUUCCCUACCACUACCACAAUGCCGCCAUCGGAAAGAAAACAAUACACGAUUUUGACACGGAGUUCCAGACCUUGGUCAAUCUGUACGAACAGGAUAUCAUCAAGAUGCAUUUAGGUUCUUGUUUGGAAUUUUCAUAAGUUCCCUCGUCAGGGUAGCGAAGGGGGGGUUACUAGGCAUUUAAAGUCUCAGUCGGCAAACGAACCUUAAAAUUAGGAUUCUCCUGUCAUUCAAAAAAUUCUGGUGUAAUUUUCUGGAAAAUAUGCUUUUUUGAAUAGUGCCUCCUAGUGUCAGACUAUACCAAACGGCAGAUCGAGAGAGGGGGGAACGGGGGCCAUGGACCCCUUCCCUCAAAAACGAAACCCAUAAUUUUUUUUUAAAGUGGCGUCGCAAUAAAGGCUGGCACUGUGUACACCACCAUCUUUUUCCUCCAAAAGAUUUGGUUAAAGUGGUCAGAAAUAGCCUCAGAUCGCACCACAGAGCAUCUAGUAUCCAAAAUGAUUGGGGGCCCUUAAGCGAGCCCCGAACCACACAUCGUAAUUUUGGGACCCACUUUUUCGGUGACCAAAAAAAUAAAAAAAUUGUGUGCUGGAUCCGCCCUUGACUAUACCCAGUAUUGGCGCUCCACAUACGGCACAAUAUGUAUAGCAAAACAAUAGACUGUGCAAGUCUCGCCAGUCCACGUUCACUUGGUAUGUUAACGUCUUGGUACCAAACACUGACUAUAGUCUAGGCACAGUUUCCUGUGUUUGAAUUCACCCACUUGUUGUCCGCAUGAUUGAUUGAGAAGUUGAGGUCAACAACUUUAAUUUUGUAAUACAAGUCAUCAAUUCGCAACGUCUUCAAUUAUGUCGUAAAUUGUAAUACAGUAACUUUCUUUUCUAAUUUAAGAUGGAAUUUUGCGUCGGGGUGA